CCUUAGUUCAGAAAGGUAGAGUGUCCCAGCUGUAGUAUCUCCCAGCCCAGCCUGUGAAAUGGACAACAUCUACGGCAACUCUGAAAUAGUGUUCUCUCACCUGGAAGGGAGGCAAGAUUCAGGCUUCUUCAAAGGAUCUCAGGAUAUCUAUGCUAACACUGUCGAACAGGAGUCAGGAGGGAAACAAAGCUCUUCUAUUGAACACACAGGCUCCUCUCCCCCAUUAGGAGCAGAGAAGAGUGGCGCCCCCUGCAGGCACCUCCUGGUCCUGCUAGCGGUGCUCUGCCUUGCUCUGCUGGCUGGCCUUAUUGCUCUUGGGAUCCUGUAUGUUCAGAAAAGCAACAGAUCAGACUCCCUGGAGGAAAGGAACCGUACACUCUCCGUCAGCCUAGCGGGGACUGAAAGAAAGUUGGAGGAAUUGCUGCUCAGAUACGAAAAUUUAACAGACACACUCUCUGCUUACAGAGCUAAAGAUACAGGCUGGACAAUACACCAGGGAAGCUGUUACUUAUUCUCCAGUGAGAAGAUGAACUGGCUUCAAAGUCAGGAGUACUGUGUGUCAAAAGGGACAGAUCUGGUUAUUAUAAAGAACCAACAGGAACAGGAUUUUCUGUCAUCCAGUAUUCGUGAGACACACUGGAUCGGGCUGAAUGACCGGGAAACAGAGGGACGCUGGGUCUGGGUGGACAACACGACUGUCGACAGCCACGGAACCCAGCACUGGUUUAAAAAGGAACCGGACAACUGGACCGGGGGCGGGGACCCGAACGGGGAAGACUGCGGCAGUCUCGGGGACCAUAACGGAAAUUUACAUCUCUGGUUUGAUGCUUCCUGUGGAAAAAGUAAAAAAUUUGUCUGUGAAACACAGCCUAGAAUUUGACUUAAUCAGGUAGUCAUGGCACACAUUCAGUGAAUAAUAGUUUAUUGUUAACAGUACCUUCUGGUAGCUAAAUUGUGUAUUUUAUGUUACUUUAUAUAGGAACUCUUUGUAAUUUUGUAAUUGAGAUGGUGUGACUCAAAGGUCAACCAGGAAGUUUAACCAGGAAGAUAAAUACUUUUUACUGCACCAUGUGCAACAGCAAAAAAAAAAUUUUAUACGCCAUUUUGAGCCUUGGUGUUUUGUUAACUUUUGUCAGCAAAUUGUGUGGCAGCAGUGCAAUUUAUACAAUUAUGUAUAUAUGGGUCAGGAGCUUCAGUUAAUGUUCACAUCAACCAUUAGAAUGGGGAAAAUGCCUGUAAUGAAUGAAACAGAAAACUCCAUUCUAAUCUGCCAAAAGCCUUUUCCACAUUGACACCCAGUUGACUAUCUCUCUCUUUUGAUUCUAUACAAUUUUUCAUUAAAUAUUUUUAAACUUUAAUAUUGUUUCUUAUUAAAGCAUUAGUGUUAUUA